UGUUAUAACUUUUGUUGUUUUUUAUUAAAAAAAAAAAAGGGGGGUCGAUGUAGGAUUUGGUUUUGUUUUCCUAUGUAUAACAAAAAUGAUGUUUUGGUUUGUUGCCUUAUUUGGGAAAAAUCAUACUAUAGAAUCUGUUGCAUAGGCGUGUCUAUGGUCUUUAUUGUGCAAAGUGGCCAAGGUGGUGGAAGAAACUGAAGCAUGGAUUAGUUAAAAGAAUUAAUGCGUUUUUUGUGCUUCUUUUUAGAUUGUGCUAUCUGAGAUUAAGGUUUCUAUUUGUUUACCGUUGAUUGUUAGCUAUUGAAUUAAGGAAUUUCAAUCUUUUUCUCUCUCUCACAGUAGUUCUUCUGGUACUACAAAAGUUGAAACAAUGGUCUGUACAUGAUUCCACUGCUUGAUUCUUAUCUGCAGGAACUUAAUAGUCUUCUAUCCUUUUAUAUCUUUUUUGUUUCCUCCUUCUACUUUGAUGCUGGAAUACCUGAGUAUGAAGACCAGCUCUAUUAUUUGGUUAUUUACUUGCGCAUAAAUUUCUCAUCUUGCAUCAACGGUAGCUCUUUUAGUCCUUGAGCUGCAUAGCCUACCCUUUGUCAGAAACCAUCUUCACUUUUCAGUGCCUGGCAAAGUUUUGGGUAGGACAUAGGAUGGUCUUGUGAAGCAUAUGUAACUCUAUCAGGACUGCAAGCCUUGGACACCUUUAACCUUAACUAUAAAUGUCCCAUGUGAUUCUUAUUUUGUUUUCUUUUUCCUUUCUAAUUGUUUCUAUUAUUAAUCUUUAAAGUUAAUGCAUUUGGCUUUACAAUCUUUAGUGCAUUUUAAGAUUGGUUGAACUUCAAUUUAUUAUUCCUUAACAGCAGCUUGCUAUAUAUGUAUGUGUUGAAUGCUGAUUGAAUUGCUGCACUGAUCAAUCCAUAGAGCAUGAAUUCACCAACUGCACAGUUCGCAAGGAUGGGUGUGUACGAUCCUCUCCACCAGAUUAGUAUGUGGGGAGAAAGCUUCAAAAGUAAUGGUGAUUUAAGUGCAUCCAUGCCCUUAAUUGAUGAGGCAGACAUGAAGUUCGAUAGUCAGUCAGAGGAUGCUUCUCAUGGUAUGCUGGGAACAUCUAACAAGUAUGACCAAGAAGCUAAUAGACCUACUGAUAAGAUGCUGAGACGUCUUGCGCAAAAUCGAGAAGCUGCUCGUAAGAGCCGUUUGCGGAAAAAGGCCUAUGUGCAGCAGUUAGAAUCAAGUCGUUUGAAGUUGAUGCAGUUGGAGCAAGAGCUUGAACGUGCAAGACAGCAGGGACUGUAUGUAGGUGGUGGCUUGGAUUCUGAUCAUCUGGGUUUUGCUGGACCUGUAAAUUCAGGAAUUACAACCUUUGAGAUGGAGUAUGGACACUGGGUGGAAGAGCAAAAUAGGCAAAUCUUAGAACUGAGAAGUGCUUUAAAUUCUCAUAUUGGUGACAUAGAGCUCAGGAUACUGGUAGAUGGUAUUAUGAACCACUAUGCUGAAAUCUUUCGCAUGAAAUCUGCAGCUGCAAAAGCUGAUGUCUUCUAUUUGAUGUCCGGUAUGUGGAAAACAACAGCGGAAAGAUUUUUCUUGUGGAUUGGCGGCUUUCGCCCCUCUGAGCUUCUAAAGGUUCUUGUUCCUCUGAUUGAACCCUUGACGGAGCAACAACGGUUGGAUGUCUAUAACCUUACACAAUCAUGUCAGCAAGCAGAAGAUGCCCUUUCACAAGGUAUGGACAAACUCCGGCAAGCACUCGCUGAUAGUGUAGCAGCUGGACAACUCGUUGAAGGAAGUUAUAUUCCGCAGAUGGCUUCUGCAAUGGAGAACUUGGAAGCUCUGGCGAGCUUUUUGAUCGAGGCUGAUCAUCUUCGUCAUGAAACCUUGAAGCAAAUGUCUCGAAUACUUACAAUCCGUCAGGCAGCUCGGUGCUUGCUUGCCUUGGGGGAAUAUUUCCAACGCCUGAGGGCUUUAAGCUCACUAUGGUCUAAUCGACCCUGUGAACCUGCUUAGUCUUGCAACAAGAUUAUAAGAGCGCAAGUUUGUAAUAUGAACGUGUUGUGAUGAUGAAUAUGGCCAGUUUUCUUUGGUUAAGAGCAUCAAAACCAUGUACCAUGUGUGGUCCUGAUUGCUCACAUUUUUCCUGCAGUCUUGCGUUAUGGAGAAUUUGUAAAUAUGACCGCUCAUUUUAUGUUUUAUACGAGUUUGUAAAUAAAUUGAUUUUGGACGUAUGGUGUAUAUUGGAUUGUUUGCAAAAUGAAAUAUUUAGAAUCUGCAAUGAGCCUGUGUGGAAGUUGGUCAUGUAAAAUGCGUAUAAUACUAUGAAG